AUGUUCGUCGCCAGCGAAAGCUUCGUGAAAACUGGAACCUCGAGGAGUUCAAGCGCCUGCUCCAGAGGUUUCCAGCGCACAACGAGCAGGGCUCGUCGUUGUUUCGUGUUCUCUCUGGCUCGUGGCGCAGACAACGCUACGCCCGGGUACGCAAGCAGAACACCGCGGCUUCUAGACUGCCAGCUCAGUCGACGCACGCUGCUGCAGCUUCUCGGCUGCGGGUUACUGGCGGUGAGCGCGUCCCCUGCAGCAAGCGCUCCGUACGAGAAAUCAAAAGUCCAGGCACAAGCGGUGCUUGGAGAACCCCAAGGGAAGCAGAGUUGGGCAACGCGCCUCGCACCCUACUCGUCUGACACAAUCUAUCGGCUGGCAACGAGCGGUGAACACGCUUCAGUGCUUGCGGUUGAUGAAGAAGCUUGUUUGGAUGCGCUUGCGAGAAGCGCGGACCUGGUGCUCGUUGGAGACCAUCCGCGCUCCCAAACGGACCACGCGAUGGAAGCCCGAAUCGUCGCUGCGUUGGCACUUCGCGUCGCACCCAACCAAGACUACAGCCAAGAGAGGAGCUCGCUCGCUGUCGCAUCGGACGCUUUCGAACAAGCGCACCAGAGUCACUUGGACGAUUUCAUCCAAGGCCGUAUUCAAGAGGAGGAGCUUUACGAGCGAACGAAAUGGGAUGAACGAUGUAUGUGGCCCUACGAGCGCUAUCUGAACCUUCUUCGAACGUGUCGAUCUCUGGGUGUCAACCUCGUGGCGCUCAGUAUGCAGAAUACGCAUCGUAAGGCGCUUGAAAAGCAGGGACUGCGAUACCUCCAGGAGAAUCAUGCCGUGCGACGUUUGUACUUCCCUGAACGCGAAGGCAUCUGCGAUGAGCUAGUGCAGUACGCAUCAUCGCCGGCAUACAGACUCUUCGCUUCUCAAGUACUGGAGCCGUUCUUCAUGACCAUGCGUCGGUACGGAUCCACGGAUCCCGAUGUUUCGUUCGCGAGCUUCUCCGAGGCCGCGCUUGUGCAGGACGCCGCGAUGGCGGCAGUGCUACGUCGCUGGAUGACCAAGCGUAAGCGCCAUCCGAGAGCGACAGCGUCCCGUUGCCGUCUGCUGGCCUGCUGUGAGUUGCCGCAUGUCGCUUUCGGCCAGGGUAUUCGCGGCAUGCUGGAAUGGUGGCAAAAACUCGACAAUGAGAAGCAACGCGCACAGCAUGGCACAGCAGGCGCAACUGUGGAUGCUGCGCGCCCCGCGACACUGCUUGGCGCUGAUCCAACCGAUUCCGUCAUUCCAGAGGAAGGACCGACAGAGCCCAUGUUAUCCAUUCAGACGCUUGUGCUGAAUCCAACAGUGGUUGAUGUCGGAAGCAGAACCGUGCCGGGUACGGAACGUCGUGAUCUAUUCUCUGGAAGGCGCAUACGUCGCUUGCGUUUAGAGCUGCCCAGAAACAUGAUGGAGGAGAGUCCACUGCUGGUAUCCCCAAAACGUGCGUUCAACGGAAUCCUCGAUGCUGAACCGAAGGAGCUCCACGCAAGCGCAGCGCAAACUAGCGCACCAAAUGGAGAUGCAAGUAUAGGCUCGUCGGAAAGCCCCGUUUCCACUGCACCACUGGUAAUCGGGGAUUAUCUCUGGAUCAGUGCUUCGAAGAAAGGACGCAUUCAGGUGUGA